GCCGUUUGAACCGUCGCUGUACCGAGGCGGAAACAUUGAAAUUGGACAAAUUGUUUAUAGUGAGGGUGAGAUUAAUUGUGUUAUAUAUAUAAAUAUAUCUAGAAACACUGUGCCUUUUAUGAAGCCAGGUUAAGAGUAAGGGGACGGCUGCUUUUAUUCUGUUUGCCGACUCUAAAGCCUUAAUGCCGGCAAAGUGUUUCGCUCCUUCCUCUCUGAGCUAACGGCUAGUUAGCCGCCGAGCUAACAGCUAGCCGGAAAACAGGCAGCUAAUCCCCAACACAAAGGACGACUUUCCCCCGUUAUUUAUAUCCAGAAUCACUCAGUUGAAUGAGGACUGAGCAUCCUGUGCUGGUAAGAGGAGCUGUCAGUGUUGUCGUCUCUUAUUUACAGCCUCUUUGUUGCGACGGUCUGCUCUCGAUGCUUUGUUGGAGGUCUAAAUCUUUGUUAACUAACCAACUGUUAGCUAGCUCGCCGGUGCCACAUUUGGUAUCCUCGUCAAAAUAUAUUCCCCGUGCAAAUAACUUUAUUUUAAAGACUGAAAACAUUUGAAAAUGUGAUAUUUUGGACUAGGGGGGAAACUGUUCGUUAAACAGCAGGGGCUCAAAACUUGUCACCGGGUAUCAAUCGUAAGCUUGAAUGUAUUAUUUGUUGGCUAGCUCUGGUUGAUGUCUUACUUAACUCAAUGCUUUUUUUGGGUCACCAAUAACUGUUCUCUGGACAUGGGUAAUGUAUAUCCAGGUAAUGAGGGAUAGCAUCGAUCUGUGUGGAGAGUCAUUUUGAAACUAGGGUGACAUUAAACAAGUGAUUAACACUUUAUAUAUGAAUGUCGGCAUUGGGUAUGUGUCUGUUGAGGGUUUGUCACACAUUGAGGGCUCUCUGAUCCAGAAAUUAGCCUGUGUUUGUUUAUCUACAGGCCUUAUUGGUAGGAAUGGAAGUACUAAGAUGUCUUAAGUAUGGUGUAGGAUGGACUGAACAUACUUCCAUCACAAGUAAAAGUCCUGACUCUAAAUGCUGCUAAAGUUAAAAUACCAUAGUAUCAACAUAGUAUGGUUUUUCCUUGUAAAGUCAGUAAAACCCCUUGAGACGAAUGUUUAUUUGGUCCUGUUGUUUUUAAACGUAAACUAUUACAUAUCGAUUUCAUAAUGCUACUAAAGUAGAGAUAUUAUAAUCUAAAAGUACUCAUGUCACAACUUCCAAGGUCCUGAUUCAAAUUCCAUUUCAGCAAAAGUUUCAUAGUCUCAUAAUCUGUUACAAGAACAUAUCCAGAUUUUUAGAGUUAUUUUUGGAGUUAUUCUGGGAUGUGGUUACAUUCUGUCCACACGUUUUAUAUCUUAGUCUGUAACCAUUUUGGUCGGGUUAGUACAAUGUGUUCUGCCGGUGCAGUUUUCCAUAUCUAUUACAAUCUGACACAUCUCUUACCAGCAUGUCUCCAUGACACUAAAUGAAAGUGCUUGAUCUCAAUAGAUCUGGUUGCUACACCUAGACAGAUGGCUUUUGUAAUUUGAACACUAAGAAGGGCUGGGAAAAACUGUCAUUCAAUUGUAUUUGAAUAUGAACAUGUUGCCCCAUGAAGCAGAGCUGAGUGGAAGCUCCUUUAUUUUAAUUCCACAUAUCUGAAUCACAGCCUGCUUUUUAUUGUUUUCUUUCACUCCCAAUAGAAAACACAAUGGAAUUCAAUGACAGUACAGUCUUUUAUGUGGUUGAACAGUCAUGUGUUCUACAAAUGCCUCAAAUUGAUGGAAAACAAAUUGUGAGAUUUUAAAAUCUAGCAACCAAAGUAAACAAAAUGUAAAAGAUUCAACCAUCUUUUAAUGAAACUGAUUCUUCUGUUUUCUUUAGCUAAAUAACUUGUGGGGCAUGCUUUUUUAAAUAUAAAAUGUAGAUAUAAACCACAGUUUAUCCUAUAUUUUCUGUUAAACCAAAGAAAGACGACAGCUUGGAAUAAAAUCUGUCCCUUUUUUUAUAAUAUUUAAUAAAACCAAGAACUUAAAAUAGGUUAAAUACAUUACAUAGCAAAAAUAUAGAUGAAAGACCUCAGAUCUCAGUACUAAUUGACCUUUAUGGCUUAAAUAACUUGUAAAUAAAGUUUGAGUGACUUUUCUUUAAUGGUUGCUGGGGUGGAGUUCCAGAUUUGUACAUAAGAUAAGCAUUUUCAUGUUUUGUGUAAAAGCAAAUGUGUUUAAAAAUCUUCCAUGCACCCGAGUUGCAGGUUAAUGAUGGUGCUGACAGGGAAGCGCUCGGAGAAAGGUCCGGCAUGCUGGAAGAGAAGAGUGAAGUCGGAGUACAUGAGACUGCGGCAGCUCAAGCGCUUCCGACGAGCCGACGAGGUCAAGAGCAUGUUCAACACCAACCGUCAGAAAAUCAUGGAUCGCACUAAAGUUUUGAACCACGAGUGGGAGAUCAGGCGCAUCCAGCCAGUGCACAUCAUGACAUCCGUCGGCUCUUUGAGAGGCACCCGAGAGUGCACGGUGGACAGCGGCUUCUCGGAGUUCCCUCGGCAGAUCAUCCCCCUGAAGACUCUCAACGCCGUGGCCUCAGUCCCCGUCAUGUACUCCUGGUCCCCCCUGCAGCAGAACUUCAUGGUAGAGGAUGAGACGGUGCUCCAUAACAUCCCCUACAUGGGAGAUGAGAUCCUGGACCAGGACGGGACUUUCAUAGAAGAACUCAUCAAGAACUAUGACGGCAAAGUCCACGGAGACAGAGAGUGCGGCUUCAUCAAUGAUGAGAUAUUCGUGGAGUUGGUCAGCGCUCUCUCGCAGUACAGUGACAACGAGGAUGACGAGGAAGAGGAGGAGCAGGACUUCAAGGUGGAGAAGUUGGAGCUGUGUGAAAGCAAGGAACAUCCGGAGGAACCCCGCAAAGACGGACUCAUCAACAAUGACAGCCGAAGCAGCAGUGAUGGCAGCAAGAAGUUUCCCUCUGACAAGAUUUUUGAAGCCAUCUCCUCCAUGUUCCCUGACAAAGGCUCCACUGAGGAGCUCAAAGAGAAGUACAAGGAGCUGACGGAGCAACAACUGCCCGGAGCGUUGCCUCCAGAGUGCACGCCUAACAUCGACGGUCCCAACGCUCGCUCUGUGCAGCGCGAGCAGAGUCUUCAUUCCUUCCACACGCUGUUCUGCAGACGCUGCUUCAAAUACGACUGCUUCCUCCACCCUUUCCAUGCAACUCCAAACACGUAUAAGCGCAAGAACCUGGAGAACCUGGUGGACAGUAAGCCCUGCGGCAUGGACUGCUACAUGUACCUGGUACAGGAUGGGUUGGUGAGGGAGUACCCCGCCGGAGUGGUUUCAGAUCGGGUCAAGACCCCCUCCAAACGCUCCGUGGGUCGUCGCCGCGGACGACUGCCGAACAGCCGGCCCAGCACCCCCUCGGUCUCCUCGGAAACCAAAGACACGGACAGCGACCGGGAGGGCAGCAAGGAAGACGAGCGAGACAACGAGCAGGAAAUGGAGCAAGAAAACGAAGGAGAAAAUGAUAAAGACGACGAUGACAAGAAGGACGAAAACACCAGCAGCUCAGAGGGUAACUCAAGGUGUCAGACUCCGGUGAAGAUGAAGCUGAGUGUGGAGGCUGAAGCGGUAGACUGGAGCGGAGCAGAAGCUUCUCUCUUUAGGGUUCUCAUCGGGACUUACUACGACAACUUCUGCGCCAUCGCACAGCUCAUCGGCACAAAGACUUGCAGACAGGUUUACGAGUUCAGGGUCAAGGAGUCGAGCAUCAUCGCACGCGCUCCUGCUGAAGACGAGGACACGCCCCCACGGAAGAAGAAGAGGAAACACAGACUGUGGGCCACUCACUGCAGGAAGAUCCAGCUGAAGAAAGAUGGCUCGUCCAAUCACGUGUAUAACUACCAGCCAUGUGACCACCCGCGGCAGCCCUGCGACUCCUCCUGUCCCUGCGUCACCGCUCAAAACUUUUGUGAGAAGUUCUGUCAGUGCAGCUCUGAGUGUCAGAACCGUUUCCCAGGCUGUCGCUGCAAAGCGCAGUGCAACACCAAGCAGUGUCCCUGCUACCUAGCGGUGAGGGAGUGUGACCCCGACCUGUGCCUGACGUGCGGCGCUGCGGACCACUGGGACAGCAAGAACGUGUCCUGCAAGAACUGCUCCAUCCAGAGAGGCGCCAAGAAGCAUCUGCUGCUAGCCCCCUCAGACGUGGCCGGUUGGGGCAUCUUCAUCAAAGAGCCGGUCCAGAAGAACGAGUUCAUAUCCGAGUACUGUGGAGAGAUAAUCUCUCAGGACGAAGCAGACCGCAGAGGGAAGGUCUACGAUAAAUACAUGUGCAGCUUCCUCUUCAACCUCAACAACGACUUUGUUGUUGAUGCCACAAGGAAAGGCAACAAGAUUCGCUUUGCCAACCAUUCUGUCAACCCCAACUGCUAUGCAAAAGUGAUGAUGGUGAACGGGGAUCACAGGAUUGGAAUAUUCGCUAAGAGAGCCAUCCAGACUGGAGAGGAGCUCUUCUUUGACUACAGGUACAGCCAGGCGGACGCUCUGAAGUACGUCGGAAUCGAGCGGGAGUUGGAGAUGGCCUGACGCAAACUCUACCUCCUGAUGAUCAACAACACAAAGGCCUUACACUCAAACACAACACACCUUCAAUUCAGGAAAUCAGGACGAUUUGUAAAAUGCUAGAGAGCUUCAGGCAAACUGGGAAUAUUUAAAGCAGAUAUUUGAUGCCUUUUUUUUCCACAAAAAAGGCUUUUAAGAUCUGCUUUUUCUUCUGUCAACAAAUCUUCCUCUUAUGUGGAGACCGGCUUUAUGAAUUUUCCCUGAGCUGGAGCUCACCUACGAACUGAAUCUCAUUGGUCAUUUUUUUUGUAUUUGAACUGUAAAUGUUCUCCACUGCCGUCUGUUUGAAACUGGCUCCCCAGUUUUAGCAUCAGGGACCAAAAACAUCCCGCAGCCGCUUUCAAACCGACGCCUGGACUCGUUUUGUGAUUUUAGUUUCAGUGUUUUUAUACAGUGUGAAUUGCCAGAUCACUGUCUGUCUGUAAAUCAGGAGGCCUUCACAAAGCAGCGUCUCACCAGAUAAACAGAUAUGUACGACUUUUAGGGCAGCGCAGACUUGUUUUGAUUGUGAUCAAAUCUAAAAUUCUCGAUGCCGAUGUACUUCAGAGCGUCCGCCUGGUUGUAUCAUAGUCAUUGGCUCUCCGUCGUAUAUUAACUGAAUAUUUUGGACAGUUGAUUGGACAAAAUACUGCAUUUGAAAACAUUGACAGCCUGAAACACUGAUGAAUAAAGAUAAUUCUACAGAUUGAA